GGAGAGAAGCUGCGCCCUGGCCCAGUCCCACAAGGCUCGGCUCCGGGCGCCAUGGCAAGCUCGGCUUCCCUGGAGACCAUGGUGCCCCCGGCCUGUCCGCGCGCCGGAGCGUCGCCGGCCACUUCCAAGACGCUGGCCUUCUCCAUCGAGCGCAUCAUGGCUAAAACGUCGGAGCCCCGUGCGCCCUUUGAGCCCCGGCCGGGGGCGCUGGAGGCGGACGGCGGCCAAGGCAAAAAAUUGCUCAACCUCUGCUCGCCACUGCCCUGUAUGAUCCCCCUCCAGCCCCUAGGCUACGAGGUGCCGUCCAAGACGCUGCUCAGUUACUCCGAGCUCUGGAAAAGCAGCCUCCGGGCGGGCGGCGGUGGAGGAGGUGGAGGCGGCGGCGGCGGGGGGGCCCCUGUGUGCGGCGCCAGCGGCUUGUGCAAAACCAACUGUGGCGUGUGCUGCAAGGCCGAGCUGGGCCUGGCGCCGUCUGCGCUACCCGCGGGCAGGGUCAUCAAGCCGCAGGUCAUCAACCAGGCGGUGGGGCUGCCGGCCAGUGGCUCGCUCUACUACUUCAACUACCUGGACUCUGCCGCGUACCCGCCGUCUGAGCUUCUCGGCGGCCACCUCUUUCCGUCAGGCCUCCUCAACGCACAGGCCCCCACCGCCCUGGCUGCGCACCCCAAGCUCUUUCUGCUGGAGAACGCCAAGUUGGCCGGCCUGGCCGCGGACAAGUUCCCCCAUCCAGCCCCCUAUACCCAUAAGGAGCGCUUGCCCGCGCCACUGGAGCAGGUGCUGAAGGAGAACUCGGCCCUGACCGCCGAGAGGGGCGGCGUCAAGGGCCACGGCAAGCUGCCCGGGGGCUCUGCGGACGGCAAGCCCAAAAACUUCACCUGCGAGGUGUGCGGCAAGGUGUUUAACGCUCACUAUAACCUCACUCGCCACAUGCCAGUCCACACCGGAGCCAGACCGUUCGUGUGCAAAGUCUGCGGCAAAGGCUUCCGCCAGGCCAGCACGCUCUGCAGACAUAAAAUUAUCCACACCCAGGAAAAGCCGCAUAAAUGCAACCAGUGCGGCAAAGCCUUCAACCGCAGCUCCACGCUCAACACGCACAUCCGCAUCCACGCGGGCUACAAGCCCUUCGUCUGCGAAUUUUGCGGCAAAGGCUUUCACCAAAAAGGGAACUACAAGAACCACAAGCUGACCCACAGCGGCGAGAAGCAGUACAAAUGCACCAUCUGCAACAAGGCCUUCCACCAGGUCUACAACCUGACCUUCCAUAUGCACACUCACAACGACAAGAAGCCUUUCACGUGCGCCACUUGCGGCAAAGGGUUUUGCAGAAACUUUGACUUAAAGAAACACGUGCGCAAACUCCAUGACAGCGUGGGCCCUGCCGCCCCCUCCACAAAGGACCUGACUCGGACGGUGCAGAGCUGAGAGCUACUGCCUCGCCCUCCCUUCCAGCCCCAUCCAACCCCAACACAGAUC